GCCUCCUCCUCCUCCUCCAGGCUGCACGCAGCUGUCUGUCCGCCGGAGCAGUAGAUAAAAAAAAGUCUAGCAGAGGUUGAGGAAGAAACGUAUCACACCCUUGUGAAGUCCUGAGAUCUUGAAAAACGGAAAUUUCUCCGCCCCCCUCAUCUCACUGUGCGUCACUAUGCCAGGAGUCAUGGAUCGUAUGGAGCUAAGCAAAGUCUCCACGGAGGCUGAUGACGACAGCACCGACAGCCUGGACGACCGCUACACAGAGCCCAUUGACUCGGAGAAGGCCACGAUCGACAGUCAGUUUAUGGACGAAAACGAUGAUGCAGAAAGCCAGAAGUUCCUGUCGAAUGGGCUGAUGAAGAAGAAGAAGUAUGAAGAAUAUCAUGAAGAAUAUCAUCCUGGCCACACCUCCUUCGGGAUGUCUGUGUUCAACUUGAGCAACGCCAUCAUGGGCAGCGGCAUCCUGGGCCUGUCCUACGCCAUGGCAAACACUGGCAUCAUUCUCUUUUCACUCCUCCUCGCCGCUGUGGCCAUCCUCUCCUUGUAUUCUGUCCACCUGCUCCUCGUGACGGCAAAAGAAGGAGGAUCUCUCAUCUAUGAAAAGCUCGGGGAGAGAGCAUUCGGUUGGCCUGGCAAAAUGGCAGCAUUUAUAUCGAUAACCAUGCAAAACAUUGGAGCCAUGUCCAGCUACCUCUUUAUUGUGAAGUACGAACUGCCGGAGGUGAUCCGAGCCUUCUUGGGUUUAGAAGAAUACUCUGGUGAAUGGUAUCUGAAUGGAAACUACCUGGUGGUGUUUGUGUCAAUCGGAAUCAUUCUGCCUUUGUCGCUCCUGAAAAAUCUGGGAUACCUGGGCUACACCAGUGGGUUUUCGCUCACUUGCAUGGUCUUCUUCCUGGGAGUGUUGAUCUACAAAAAGACCCAGUUGCCCUGCCCUCUACCUUUCUUAAACAACCACCCGUCUAACCUCAGCAUGAACGCCUCGGACGCGUCAGGGCUGUACAUGCUGGGAAACCGUUCGGCGCAAAUGGAUUUCUCUCGAGCCGACGUGUCGCCGGCGGUCCUGGGCAGCCAUGACGCCCACCACUCCACCGGUGUCCAAGUUGAGCCUCACCCUGACGACGAGGAGAUGUGCACGCCCAAGUACUUUGUCUUCAACUCACAGACGGCGUACACCGUGCCAAUCCUGGCCUUUGCCUUCGUCUGCCACCCUGAGGUCCUGCCCAUCUACAGUGAGCUGAAAGAUCGCAGCAGGAAGAAGAUGCAGAACGUUUCCAACCUGUCCAUCUUGGCCAUGCUCAUCAUGUACAUGUUAUCGGCACUGUUUGGUUACCUCACCUUCUACAAUAACGUGGAGGCAGAGCUGCUCCACACCUUCACCAAGGUUUAUAAGUUUGACACCAUGUUGCUGCUGGUGCGUUUGGCCGUUCUCACCGCCGUCACCCUGACUGUGCCCAUCGUGCUCUUCCCUAUCCGCUCUUCCAUCACCACAUUGUUAUUCAGCGGUCGAGAGUUCAGCUGGACUCGCCACUUGCUAAUCGCCGCCGCAAUUCUGGCCUUCAACAACGUGCUGGUGAUCUUUGUCCCAACCAUCAGAGACAUCUUUGGCUUCAUUGGUUCUUCUGCGGCGACUAUGCUCAUCUUUAUUCUACCUGCUGCCUUUUACAUCCGCCUGGUAAAAUCACUGCCAUUCCGCUCCCCGCAGAAGAUCGGGGCGACCGUCUUCCUGGUCGUGGGAAUCAUCUUCAUGAUUGGCAGCUUGUCACUCAUCGUCCUUGACUGGGUCCACAACCCCCCGGGCUCCAACGGCGGUCACUAAGCCCCUCUUCCUCCCUCCUCAGAUCCAUGUGUGCAGUGAUGCCCCGAGCAGCACCACCACCACCACCACCACAAUCCCAAUCAAGUUCCUCCACAGCCUCAGCUGCUCCCACAUCUGGGGAUGGGUUCAUCAGAGGUUCCCUUCAUCAGAUCUUAAACAUCAAUCAUAGAACCUCAACAUAAAGACAAAGAUUUGCUGCACUGGGUUAAGACAUCUUCAGUUUUUCCUCCAGAGAAUAUCACUGGAGUGACAUUUUUUAGCUCGGUUUAUUUGUUUUUGUCUUUUAGGAUUUUUUUUCUUUGUUGCUGUAAAGUUCUGGAUGUGACACGAUCAAGAGAAUCAAAACUCAGAGAGGGAGAAACAGACUCUGGUGUAACCAGUAAACCAGCCUGAAAUCAACAUCAUCAUCAUCAUGACCAUAAUCAUCAUCAUUAUUUCCAGCUAUGAAGAGACAGAAUAAACACAUACUGUGUAGCAAUCACCUACAGAUCUGUGAACUGCAAUUUGCAUGGCUGGAAAGACAAUGCGAGUCCCUCAGUGCUAUGUGCACCUGAAGGUGAAGUGUGCUUUCCACCAUGAAACAAGGAGCACUUAGCGCUAGCAUUACACUUCACUUUGUGUGUAGAGCUAACAAACAUGUGCACACGUAAAUGCACAUAUGUAAAUGUAUUGAAACACUUAAGCUGUUAUUCAUGCAAAAAAACCUGCAGUCAAUCAGAGCUGUCGGCUGAUCUCAAAGCAACGGUUAAUCUAUGUCUUCAUUCAGUCAUGUAGAACUUUUAUUCUGGAAAUAUUGGUUUAAUUUGCAAACAAUCAGAAGCUUUGCCAAAGUCUUCAUGCACAUACAGCUUUAGUCGAUGGGGUUCACACGAGAGUUUCCCGUCUCCACAUUCGCAAGGAGCUUCCUCGUCAGCUGUUGUCAUCCCAGCUGACCACACGAAGCGAAAAGGACACUUUAGCUAUUACUGUCACAUCUGAACACGCAAAGUAUGAAUGUACAUAAGUUAGGUUAUCUACUGGAAAAGAUUUAGUGUUGUACAUAAUAUCUUACUUGACCUCAAGUAGGCUCUUUGCCUUUCACGUUUUAUGAAGUUGAAUUAGCCUUUUGAACUCACAUAUACACCCACUGGAAUAAUUUAUAAGGCACCUGACAGUGCUGUACUAGUGAAUAUAUGUAUAAAAACUAUUUUAUAGUUUGCAGCUAAGAUAAGUUCAAUUGGGGAUUUAAAAAAAAUAUUCAAAUCAACCAGCAGAGCCAAACUGGAAGGCUAAUUUAAAAUCUGCAUGUCAAUUCAAGAUGCCAAGACUGUAAGUAAAAGUGAAAUAUUUCAACUUGUGCCAAACUAUCUUCUCCUCUUCACUCUCCAAAAUGUCAUUUAAUAAUAUAAUGUAAGGCCUGACUUUCUUAUAUAAUGUCAUCAAAUGCCUGUUGAGCUUAAAGUUUUUUAAUAUUUAGGGAAAUGCAGUUAUCUGUUUUUCUACUUUACCAAAGUUAGAAGAGAAGACUGAGCACCCUUACGUCUGUAAUUGAAAUAUGAAAUAAAUUUUACAGCCAGCAAGCGAUUAGCUUAGCGUAAAAAAUCGGUGGUGCGGGAGAAUGGCAGUCUGAGUCUACCAGUAAAACCACAAUUUCAACAAAUAAGAUUCAAAUUUCAACUUUCAAUGUUUAAGCUCCAGAGGUGAUGCUUAGUGGAUCAACCAAUCCAUGGCUUACCUGCCCUUUAACCCUUCAUGCUAGGUCUAAUUAACUGUCUCCAGGCGCUAGCUUCAAACUUUGCAAACAGACAUAAGAGUGGCGUCAAUUUAAGAAGGAAAAGUGUCAAAAAUGUCAAACUUUUCUUCCUAAGAGUAAAAUAUCCCACACUUCAUGAAACUUGUUGUAAUGGAGGAGCUAGCUACAGAACCUAUACCUACUGUACAUGCAGAGGAUAUGACCAAUGUAUGCAAGAUAGUUAACCAAGCUCAAAACUAAUGUCGGACUCAAAUUAUGAAAUUUCUGUCUUUAAAUGGUCGAGUUGCCCUUUAUCAGGGAAGACUUAUUUUUUGUUACAGUAAAUUCAGACAUGUUUUUGAGCACUUGAAGCAGAGCACACAGGUCACUUUGUCGGUCUUGUUCACAAGAAGGACGCUCAGUCAUUAAGCUCAGUGGAAUCAGGUAGUUACAUAAUUUCAGUAUUCAGUCUGCCGUUGCACAUUUUUAGAUCAACUGACAUAUUUUAUCUAAAUCAGAUUAAAGGAUAAUUCUCUUUUAUUUAUCCAUUUUGACCAUUUUCGAUUCAGAUAUGGUGCCUUUGGUAAAAUCAAUGACAGCAACAUUAACAGCCCAGAUUUGUUCAUUUCACUUCUCCUCCAGUGCCGUUAUGUGUCACGAACACAUCCAGCCAAAGUGGACAACAUUUAUAUAGAUCCUUUGCGGAUCUAUGUACAUGAAACAAAUAGAUAUUUCAAAUGAAAUAGUGUAUUAUGUGCAUGUUUUUGGAUUACAAACAUGGUCUUUUUGGACAAUUGUAUAUGCUCUGUAAAUAAUCUUUAUUUUAUGGUACACUUACACUCAUCGUCUGUGAGUAGGUUGUUGGGGAAUUCUGCCUUUCAAGUCAUCUGCAAUCCAGUGGUUUUUUAGUAUAUAUAUAAAUAUAUAUAACUUGUAUUAGACAUUUUUCUUGCUGUAUGACUGUAGUUUUUUCCCCAUUUAUUUGAAGCUUGUAUAUUUGUAGAAAAUGUUGGUCUCUCAAUAUAUCCAUUGUCAUGUUUUAAGGUUAACUUGUCAUAUAGGGAUGAAUCAAAUAACAAAUAACGGCUUCAUAACAGUUAAUAAUGUGAUUUCUCAGAAAGAAACAUGGCAACAGGUUUCUGUCCCUUACUGGCCCCUGCUAAGCACAAAUGUGUUUGAAUCAAAGCCACAAGCAAGCAGUGUUGACGUUGUAUGUGUUUUACGAAAACAACAAGAACAUCCAAAGUUUUUCACACAUGUCCGGAAGGUUCUUACUGUAUGGAACAUUUUGACCAUUUGUAAUAAGAGUUGAUGGUUUUUCUGUUAUUUAUCAAAUGACAUGUAAUGUAGUCAUAUGUAGUCAUACAUCGAUGCAGUCAUACACUGCUUUGAAACUCUACAAGGAAAUCGUACACAGUCGUAGUUCUUACAGUCUUUAUCACUACUGUUGUUAAAAACAUCCACUCUUGGUGAGGUGUUAUUCAUAACAUCAUAUUUUGUGAUGUUACCUGAACUGAAUCUUUUCACAGAGUCAUAAAGUCCACUUUAAGUACCUGCAAUGAAUGUUCAUCAAUGGAUUGUACUCAGUUUGAAAACCCAGUUUACUCAUUCUGGAUAAAUUUUGCGAAUGUUUGCCUGCAACUUAAUUGGCCUACUGCUGUCAGUGGCUUAUUCUGCUCACCGACAGUCUGUGUUGGAGAUGUGUGUCUUCCUCAAGUUUGGGUUACAUCCUUUCAAAAGGCACAAACUCUUGCAAAGAAAGAGAUGCAGCAUGUUUUUUUAGCUGAAUGCUCCCAACACUACACCUCUUCCCCCUUUAGUAUCUCAGGUAUUCAGUCUGGAUGAAUUCUUUCAUCUUACUUUUGGAUAGAUUCAAAUCUCUUCACCUCUUUUGCAUGAUUGAGCCAAUACGUACAAUGCUGUUGUAUACUGAGCUGGCUGAGAAGAGAAGUUCUCAUGUGGAUUUGUAAAUGUUAGACAAGUUUCCAGCUAAUAAUGACAAUGUUUCGAGACAAGUUGUACAGAACCACCUGCCUUAUUUUUCUAUAUACCCUCAGCCGUGGACAAGCACUGGCUCAAUGUUCACUGUGUGUCUGCUUCCUGUGGAUCAGGCCGAACAUUCUGAUGUGUCAUUUUAUCCAAACAAAGGGGGUGUUUGUUUGUUUUUUAUCAGUGAUGCUGUUUCAUUAUUGAUGACCAAUAAAAAAAUGUGAAA